AUGGUGUACAAUGCACCACCAACUUCAGAGUGUGAUGUCACUUGGGACACAAUUGCAAGAAACUCGUGUAAUGGCACUCAACAGUCUCCAAUAGACAUUGUAACUGCCAAUGUUCAAGCUGAUGCCAGUUUAACCUCUUUCAACUUCAUUGGCUAUGAUGACAACACCACCUUAACUGAGAUUGAAAAUACUGGCAAGACAAUUAAGGUUACUCUUGAUGAUAAGAAAAUGUAUGUAGAAGGAGGUGAUCUGCCAGACUUGUUUACCAGUAUGGAGUUUCAUCUUCACUGGGGUAAUGGCAGUGCCAUGCCUGGAUCUGAACACACUGUAGAUGGCAAACGAUAUCCUAUGGAGUUGCACAUAGUGAAUAAGGCUGGUCGGACUGGCAAUGUGUCGAGUGAUUCUGUAUUAGCUGCCUUUGGUUUCUUCAUUGAGGCCUCGAAUGCUACUCUGAAACCAAAAAGCUGGAAGACAUUAACAUCCUAUCUAGCAAAAAUUGCCAAUGCAGGUGCUAAAAUGCACAUCAACCAUUCUAUCUCCAUGGAUGAUCUGCUUCCUGGAGUGGACUGGUCUAAAUAUUACCGUUAUCUUUGUUCUUUGACCACACCCAACUGCAAGGAAGGGGUAGUGUGGACAGUCUUCAAAAACCCCAUCAAAGUCAGCCAGGAUUUGAUCGACCUCUUCAGUGCAACUGUCUACAUCAACACUUCGACAAACUCACCCCUAAUGACCUACACUCUCCGAGGUGUUCAGCCAAUCAAUAGUAGGUUUGUAACAUCACAUGUGGCAGGUUCCAGAAUUACUGGUUGUACUGACUUGAUUGAGCACGAGAUUCCUUUGAUUGAUGACACUCCGGUGCGGCAGCGCUAUAGACGAAUUCCUCCAUCCCAGUAUGAUGUAGUGAAGACACAUAUCCAGGAGCUGUUAGAUCAGGGAGUGGUAAAACAGAGCUGUAGUCCCUAUUCCUCACCCAUCGUGGUUGUGGAGAAAAAAGAUGGAUCUAUUCGUCUUUGUGUAGACUAUAGACAACUAAACGCAAAGACUAGGAAAGAUGCCUUUCCAUUGCCAAGAAUUGAGGAGUCUUUGGAUGCCCUCACAGGUGUGUCUCUCUUCUCCACUCUCGACCUUGCAAGUGGUUAUAAUCAGGUGUCAGUUGCCGAGAAGGAUCGGGCUAAAUCUGUUGGCCUGUUUGAGUUCCAGAGGAUGCCAUAUGGGUUGUGCAACGCACCCGGGACUUUUCAGCGGCUGAUGGAAAGAAUAUUUGGGGACCAGCGUUUCCAUUCCCUUCUCCUGUACUUGGAUGAUGUGGUCGUUUUUUCAUCUACGUUCAAACAACAUCUGGAACGUUUGGAGUCGGUAUUCAGUCGUCUACACAAGCACAGCCUUAAGCUUAAACUAAAGAAGUGUCAUUUUUUUCAGCCUGAAGUAAAGUUCUGGGGUCUCUACGGACCCUGA